UCCCCUAUAUAAGCAGCGUUUCCUCGGGAAUUGAGGUAUAAUCGUCUCAGCUUUUACGUAGUGUAUCCACACGCUUCAACCACAAACAUGUUCAAAACGCUGUUGUUCGCUGGAUUAUUGGCGGUCGCGUUGGCUGCACCGUCGCCGGCUCCUGCACCAGCCCCGGCUCCAGCACCAGGUCCGGCACCCUCGCCAUCUCUGGUCGCCGCUCCCCUGGCCGCCGCUCCAUUGGCUGCACCAGCUCUUCUCUCGAACAUUGGAACACCCCUUCUCUACUCCAACUAUCCGCCUAUUCCGGUUGCUAGUUACGCGCCUGCUUCCUCUUACAUCUACAAAGGCUACGUCGUCUAACACGAUCGACGAGACGACAUGGAUCGAUCGAGCGAUCGAGCGACUGAACCGAACCAUCGAGUAAUCGACCAAUCGACUCAUCUCUUUCUCAUCCUGAAAAGAUCAAUAAUCGCAUCUCUGUACUUUCUAUGAAGUAUCGUUCGUGCUUCGAUUCUCCGACAAUGUUCUUAUACUUUUAGAUUCGGUAUCAAUAAAACUGUUCAAA